AUGUUGGCACAACCCCUUACCGACUUCGCUCUAGUUCAAAGAGCUGGUUUGAACAUAGAGGAGUUAUACAGGGAGGAAAAGAAGAAGAACAGAGGGUUUGCCAACUAUCGUACCUCCUAUGGUGACAGAAAUGUUGGAAGUGGCAAUCAAAACCAAUCAGGAAGUAGUAAUACAGUUAGUGCUGUCAAUGAAAAGGUGAGAAGAGAAUUCACCGACCUUGGAAGACCCUUGAGUACAGUGUUGAGAUCAUGUAUCAAGAAUGGAGUACUUUCAAAACUACCAGUCAAUCCGGCUAAGCCUGUGCGUGGGAGGUAUAUGGACCGAAAUUGUGAUUAUCAUCAGUGCAAGGGGCAUUCAACUGACGAAUGUUCAAAAAUGAGGCACGAUAUCCAGGAUUUGAUAUUGAGGCACGAUAUCCAGGAUUUGAUUGAUAGCGGGACAAUUACCAAGCCUACGGAGAAGAAUAAGCCCAGCACCAGCACUAAGAACAACCCGCUUCCCCAAUACCAGUACAACUAUCCGCCCCACAAGUCUCAGUCGGGUGGAUCAGUCAAUGCUAUCGAAAGUGGCUUACCUGAAGAGCUUGUGUUAGCAGAGGCUGAGUGGGAGGAACGAACGUGUGCAAUGCUUAAUAUUUGGGAUGACUGCAGUAGCAGUGAUGAGGAAGAAGGAAAAAUGCCCGUGAAAAUAGAAAUCGAAAAGAGUAUUACGGUGAAAGUGGGCGACGUGCCAGAAAAUGAAGACGAGCAAAUCCAGCUCGCAAUUCAAAAGAGUUUAGUUGAUCAAGAAGAACAGUGGUAUUAUAGCAGCGAAGAGGACGUGAAUGAGGUAGGCGUCCAAAGCCUGACUCGCAGUGGGCGAGUCUAUAAUCCCGAUAGCAGUAUGAAGGCAUUGGGAGAAGAGAUUGUUGUCAAUGAAGCACAGAAGAGGAUAACAGAAAAAGGCGGAGAAGAGCCAAAGCAAAAGAAGAAAGAGCAAGAAACAGUGAAGGUGCAGAAAAAGACUGUUGAGGUAGGUGAAAGCAGUCAGAAUAGGGCACCCAGUGGCGUGACCGCCAACUCAGUACUGAGUCAAUUACAAAGAACAAGAGCAGACAUUUCAUUAUGGGAUUUGCUGAUUGCAUCCAAAGAGCAUAGAGAGUCUUUAUUAGAAGCCAUGACUUUUGUCAGAGUGCCUGCUCAGAUACAAAGUGUUGACAUGAUCAACGUGCUACAAUGCAGAAUUGGGGAAAUCACUUUCUUUGACUCAGACCUCCCACUGGAAGGGAGAAACCACUUUAAGCCAUUAUACAUCCAGAUUGUUGUUAACGGGCGUGACACCCGGAAUGUAAUGGUAGACAAUGGAUCAGCUCUAUGCGUGUGCCCUUUGAAAAUGCUGUCCAAAUUUAGAAUUGAAGAAUCAGAUCUUGAACCAUCAAAUAUGGUGGUCAAAGCCUAUGACAACACAAUGCGGAACGCAAAAGGCACUUUUAAAGCAAAAAUUUCCAUGGGGGUUGUAGAAAGCUGGGUUGACGUGGUUGUCCUUGAUAUCUUAGCCAAUUAUGCUCUUUUGUUGGGAAGACCCUGGCUCCAUCCUCUAGGUGCAGUCCCGUCCACCUUGCACAGAAAAGUAAAGAUUCCAUGGGGUGCGGAUAUGGUGACAGUUAACGCGCAAGAGGAUUUGAACGUUGGUGACAGUUAA